AAACAAAAAAAAAAAAAAAAAUGUCGUGCCCAGCAGGAUAUACUUUUGAUUAUGCCCAACGUCCCAAACGUUUGCAUGAAGCAGAAAUCCCACUAGAGCGACAACGUUAUUUAGGUCGACAGAUUGCCUGGACCAAGAACCAUGUCUCCGCAAGUCGCUUAGACGAUCUUCGUUAUAUUGGUGAUGAUCUCGGUGAUGAGGCAUAUAUAGCUCUCAAAUUGAAGCCAGGCGAGGAUGCACUGCAAAAGUUGCUCGAAUACACAUCCCGCCCAGAGAGUGAACAAGAAAGUUCUGCGCCCCGUCGGCUAUUGCAGCAAUGUAUGGAGGUGCCUGAAUGGGUCGACUGGGAAAAAAUGAAACGUGGUCAAGAGGUCGUCAUGCGUUACUUCUUGUAUAUGGCUCAUAUCAUGGUCCACUUCUCGUUGACGUAUAGUUUUACAGCACCCAAAACUAGCAAGGUCUUAGUUUCAACCGGAUAUCUAUCCGGUGCAAAGACACGCAUUCGCGUUUUCGAGACCGCUAUUUUUGUCUUGGAAUCAAUCACUUCACUCGAGAAUCUUCAACCAGGUACUGGUUGUGCCUGGAAAUCCUAUAUCCAAGUCCGCUUCUUGCAUUCCGCUGUUCGAACCCGUCUCGUACGAAUGAGCAAGGCCCACUCCAAGUUCUAUAAUGUAGAGGAAUGUGGUGUGCCUAUCAACCAAGAGGAUUACCUGGCCACCUUGAUGUCGCUCUCGGUCUCAAUUUGGCAGGUCAUGGAGACCCGCAUGGGUGUUCAUAUGAACCAGGAAGAGAAGUCUGAUUUACUGCAUCUCUGGCGAUACAUUGGCCAUUAUGUCGGUGUUGAGGAUGUCCUCAACGCGACCGCGGACCCUGUAGUGGCAGAUGCGGUUUCAGAGUCUAUUGCGAUGCAUUUGCUCGAACCAAAUCCCGAGGGCGGCAAAGUCGUGGAUUCCUUAUUCAAAAACAUGUCCACAACCUUCAUUGGCCCCCGAACCGUCUCAAAAUCGUAUCGUCCUUCCCGCUAUAGGAUGCACAUGGCAUUGGCAGAACAACUGUUAGGCUCUGAAGUUUGGGAUCUCUGUGAACUUCCUCGUAUCACACCUCUCUAUAAAUUUGUUCGCUUGUCGGUCUCAUACUACAUGAGGCUAGAUCUUUGGAUGGCUAGGAAAUCAGACUGGUACUUCCGUACUCGAAGUGCCCUUGUGCAUUACAAGGUCAUACAGCGAAUCUCGGGUCGUCUCGGCCAUUCCCCCGAUAACUAUCGUCUGAAGGAACUGCCAGUUGAUGGUGGAAACUACACAGUCGCCUCUCACAGAGGAUUCUUCGCUUCCUUGUUGCCAUCCUCUAUCACAUCUACACCUGUUGUAACAUCUAUUGUGACCUCUGUUGGAAACCUACAGUUUAAACAAAGCACCAGCAGUAGCAAAAUCAUGUCCAUGUUCUUGACUACCGUCGCUUCCGCGGCUGUGUGUGUCGGCAUUGCCAUGGCCAAACGUUCAUGAUUUGUUUCAAAGAAAUAAUCAUCAUAAUAGUAAUAACAUUAAUGGGAAAAAGGGCACGCCAGAGUGCCUAAUAGACAUCUCAUUGUAAAUAUAAUUCAUACAUUAAAACAGUUUUGUACAUUA